CCGCACCCAUUAUCCUGAUCGGGACCAUCGCCUAUAUAUAUACUCGUUUGUCUGUACGUCCAUCAGUUUGGUAAGCCCUUAGCCAACAUGAAAACCUUUAUCGUAUUCGCUGUCUGCCUCGUCCUGGCUCAGGCCCUGACAGAUGAGCAGAAGGAGAAGCUGAAGAAGCACAGGACGGAAUGUCUCGCGGAAACCAAGCCUGACGAGCAGCUAGUCAACAAGCUAAAGACUGGAGACUUCAAGACAGAAAACGAACCACUCAAGAAAUACGCGCUGUGCAUGCUGGUGAAGUCAGAACUGAUGACAAAAGACGGUAAAUUCAAAAAGGAUGUCGCUCUUGCAAAGGUUCCUAACGCAGCUGACAAGCCCAACGUUGAGAAGCUAAUUGACGCUUGCCUAGCCAACAAGGGCAGCACACCACAACAGACAGCAUGGAACUACGUGAAAUGCUACCACGAGAAGGAUCCCAAACACGCCAUCUUCCUAUAAAUCGGACUCGCCAAUCGGAAUUACUGACAAAUUGAACUUACAGGCCAAUUGGAUAAUUCAAUCGGUGGAAACGCUCAAUUGUAUUAUUCAAAUUUCGAACAUGCUCAACGUUCUUUUUCAUGCAAUAAUGUUUUUAAUGUUCCUUGUGUUGAUAUUUUUAAACUGUCAUAAACCGAUUUUGAGAUUGUCAAAGUUUACCAUCUGAUUAGAAAGUUGCGAUUUUUAAAAUGAUACAGGGUUUAGUUUCAGAUAAUACUUAGUUUAAAGUUGACUGCCUGAGCGAUUUUAAUUAGAUGUCAAAAUAAAUUGAUAAGUUGCAGUA